CGGAGCCACCGCGCCGGGACCGCAGGUUCGAGCCCCGAGGCGAUGGAGUCCGUGUGGGGCUGCGUCCUGCUGGGCGCGCUGCUGAGCCAAGCGGCCGCCCUGCGAUGUUACUCUUGUGACGGGGCCCGGAGCUGCCAGGAGACGGAGGACUGUGGGGAGCAGCAGGGCCGGUGUCGCACGACUGUCCUCACCAUGAGCACCCGCUCUGAGGUCUCCAAGCGGAUCCAGAAGGGCUGCGACGUGGAGGGGAAGCCCAACAAUUCUAUCUCCUUCCUCUCCCACGGGCAGAUUGUGACGCUGGCGGAGGAGCAGUGCGCUACCGACCUCUGCAACCAGGGGGCGCCAGACGCCCUGAGCACCUUCCUCUCCACCUCCAGCCUGCAUUGCCUCUCCUGCUCCUCCUCCGACCACUCCUGCUCCAGCCCCUCCUUGAUGGGGAUCCGGUGCCAGGACCCCCGGGAGCAGUGCGUGGACAUCACAGCCAUCUCCAUGCCAGAAGAGUUUCCCCAGGACGAGCGGCGCAUCAAAGGCUGCGGGCAGAUCUCUCAGUGCCAGGAGCCCCUGGGCUUCCACAACCAGGGCAGCUUCUACCUGCUGCAAUGCUGCAACACCAGCCUGUGCAAUAACGACGCCCACGAUUAUGAGGAAUCCCCCCUGCCCCUGAACGGGGUCACCUGCUACUCCUGCGAAGGGAACUCCAGCCAUGGUUGUGCCCCAGAAAACGUCACCCCGGUGCAGUGCCAGGGGCCCAUGACCCACUGCCUGCAGGCUGUGGGGAGCCACGAGCUGACGGGCCCGGGCACCGUGCUGAAGGGCUGCGCCACCCCGGCCUGGUGCGAUGCCCCCUACACCUCCAUCUACAAGCGCCUGGCCGGGGUCCAGGCCCACUGCUGCCAUGGCAACUUCUGCAACAGCUGGAUCCAGGCGGGUGCCCUCCCCCCAUCCAGGAGGAGCCGGGCCGGCCACCAGCUCGUGGCCCAGCCAGCCCUGCUCUGCGGCGCUGCCCUCCUGGCUGUGCUCAUCCUGCUGCCCAGCAGCUCCUAAUUCCCCGUCGGGCCACUCAGAGUGGGGAGCUGGGAGCCAGGACUCCUGGGUUCUCUCCCUGGCUCUGGGAGGGGAGUGGGGGCUGGUGGGUCAGAGUAGGGGGAGCUGGGAGCCAGGACUCCUGGGUUCUCUCCCUGGCUCUGGGAGGGGAGUCUAGUGGUUAGAGUUGGAGGGGAGGCUGGGAGUCCACUGAAUCUGUUCUCCACCCAACACCCACACACUGUGUGGGCCACUCCACUUCCCUGUUCCCCUCAGAUAUCUCCUUGGAUUUGAAGGUCUAUAAUUUAUUUUCCCAUUAUGCUAAGGCCUGUCCAACUCAACCCAUCUGCUGGGGUCCCCCUGGGGGGUCCUUCCCCAGCCCCUCACCCAUCUGCUGGCAGCUGACAGGCCACAACCCAGUUUUUAUUAAUUUUAUUAAUUAUAUUAAUUAUUAUAGUUAUUUGAUUAUUUAUGGUUUGUUUCGUUAAUAAACUUUAUUUUAUUGUAA